UUGCCAUUGCAAUGAGACAAAAAACAAGUCUGUCUCUCUUAUGUCUCUUCACCUCCAUAACCACAGUCAUCUCCGAUGACAGCUCUUCGGUUAGCACCACACGGCAUCACCCGAAACAUAACUUGAAGUUGUUUGUGUUCGGAGACUCGUAUGUGGACACCGGAAACUGGCCAAAAUCAUACGGCGGUUCAUGGCAGCAGCCGUAUGGUAUCACCUAUCCCGGUAGUCCUUCUGGCAGGUUUUCGGAUGGCCGUGUGCUCACGGAUUACAUCGCUGGAAUAGUGGGUACAAAAUCUCCAAUAACAUAUAGAGGAUGGAAAUCUGGUGAGAAGAAAUUAUCAAUGAAAUAUGGGAUGAACUUUGCAUAUGGAGGGACAGGUGUCUUCAACACAUUGGUGAAUCAACCAAAUAUGACCACACAAAUAGACUAUUUUCAACAGUUUGUUCAACAGAAACAAGAUAUGCAACUCAACUCAUCAUCCAUUGCAAUCAUCUCUGUUGCAGGCAAUGACUAUGCAACUUACUUUACAUCAAAUCACACCCUGAAGGGUUUGCCAGAUUUAACAAAAUCAAUAAUCAACCAGCUAGUUUAUAACAUCAAGCGCAUACGCAAGUUGGGAGUUCGGAAGAUUGGAAUCACUGCAAUGGAACCACUCGGGUGCUUGCCUCAGUUCGCUGUGUCUGCAUCGUAUCAGAACUGUAGUAACACCGAGAACUCGCUUGCAGAGUUCCAUAACCAAAUGCUUGUGGAAAGCAUUAAAAAGCUAAACAAUGAGAGUGAUGAUCAGUCACUCUUUGUUGUUCUUGAUCUCUACAAUGCUUUCUCAUCUUCUCUAUAUCUACAGCAGAACGUUUCUACUGGGAAUUCAAAGAUGGAGAGUUUACUAAAACCGUGCUGCCAAGGUGUCAGCAAAGAAUACUCAUGUGGAAACAUUGAUGAGGUUACGAAGAUGACCAAAUAUCGUGUUUGUGGAAACACUAAUGCUUCAUUUUUCUGGGACAUGAUACACCCUUCACAACAUGGUUGGCUUGCGGUUUCGUCGCAUUUACGGUCUUCCAUUCUCGAGCUUCUUUAAGAUGGGACUUCACACAUCGAACCAAUAUGCAUACAAUACACAACCCUUUAUCUAAAAAGAUUGUAUUGCAUUUUA